AUGACGGAAAAGAUGGUUUCUGAAACUGAAGGCAUUAUUAAAGUACAACGUUGGAUCCUAAUCCAAGUUAGUGUAACAGCUCAAUCACCAAAUGCCAAGCUUGAAAUUAUUCGGCGGCGGACAGCAAACUUCCCACCAAGCAUUUGGGGUGACCGGUUUGCCAACUAUGAUUCCCAAGACAUUAUAACAAAUGCCGAGAACCAACAAGAAGUUAACGAGCUGAAAGAAAUAGCGAGGAGGGAAGUAUUCACAACUAGUGCAGGUGACUUUUCACAUCAGCUCAAGUUUAGUGAUGCAAUCCAGCGCCCUGGCGUGGCAUACCAUUUUGAAAGUGAAAUUGAAGAAGCAUUGGAGCGUAUGCAUGCUGCAUUUCGUGACCAUGACUUUAGUGAUGAUGGAGAUCUAUACAACGUUGCUCUUGGUUUCCGGCUACUAAGACAACAUGGAUAUAAGGUUUCAUGUGAUGUGUUCAACAAGUUCAAAGAUGAAAAUGGCAGCUUCAAGGAAUGCUUAACUAUUGAUGUUCCAGGGAUGCUAAGCCUUUAUGAAGCCGGGCAUCUAGACGUACAUGGAGAAGAUAUACUAGAAGAGGCUCUUGUUUUCACGACAAAACAUCUGGAGUCGGCAACAACCCAUGUAAGCUAUCAACUGGCAGAACAAAUAGCUCAAGCCCUAGAGAGACCGCUCCGAAAGAGUCUCGAGAGGUUAUGCGCCCGUCGGUUCAUGUCCAUCUACCAAGAUGAAGCUUCACAUAAUGAAGCUCUAUUAAAACUUGCCAAGUCAGAUUUCAAUCUUGUUCAGUCUUUGCACAAACAGGAGCUCAGUGAGAUUAUUAGGUGGUGGAAAGAACUAGACUUUGGAAGGAAGCUGCCUUUUGCAAGAAACAGAAUUGUGGAGUUAUACUGCUGGAUUUUGGGGGUCUAUUUUGAGCCCCAAUACAUUGUUGGAAGAAAAUUUGUCACAAAAAUUAUUGCCCUGAUGUCUGUGAUGGAUGAUAUCUACGACGCGUUCGGUACAUUUGCAGAACUUGAGAUCUUUACCGAAGCAAUUCAUCAAAGAUGGCAUGCCAAUUGCAUGGAUGGACUGCCAGACUACAUGCAAAUAUUCUUCCAUACGCUUUUGAAUGUUUUCAAUGAAAUUGAGGAGGAGAUGGUGAAGGAAGGAAGAGCAUACCGAGCUCACUAUGCAAAAGAAGCUUGGAAAACUACUGCCAAGGCUUACUUUGAUGAGGCCAAAUGGUUCCACGAAGGAUGCAUCCCAAGCAUGGAGGAGUAUAUGCGUGUUGCUGCAACUUCUGCUGCUAGCUUCGCACUUUCAACUACAUCUUUAGUUGGCAUGGGAGAUAUUGUAACCAAGGAGUCCUUUGAGUGGUUGUUCAAUGACCCUAAAAUUCUUAGAGCUUCCAAUAUCAUUGUUAGGCUCAUGGAUGACAUCGUUUCGAGCAAGUUUGAAAAAGAGAGAGGCCAUGUUGCUUGUGCUAUUGACUGUUACAUGAAGCAAUAUGGGGUCUCAGAUGAGCAAGAGAUAAUUGAUGUCUUCAACAAACAAAUUGUGGAUUCGUGGAAGGAUAUCAACGAGGAGUUCCUUAGACCAACUUCUAUGCCGAUGCCUAUCCUUGAACGUAUUGUUAAUUUAACAAGAGUGGUGGAUCUCCUCUACAAAAAAUAUGAUGCAUACACACAUGGUGGAAAAGUGAUGAACGAUUGCAUCGCUUCGUAUUUGAUUGAUCCGGCACCAGUAUGAGCCUAUGAGUUGGAUUAUGAGAAAGAACUA